UGCUUGUGUGUUUGAUAAAUUAAACAUCGUUCAUUCUCUUUUCUGUUCCUUUCUUGGUUGCGUCGUUGAGUUUUGCCUGUUUGGGAUAUUCUGAACUUUAAACAGGGUCUUGAACAAUGGCAGAUGCAGAUGAUCUUUUGGACUACGAAGAUGAAGAAAAUACUGAACAGACUACCACUGAGACAACAGCUAAUGAAGCACAAAAGAAAGGGGUCAAGGGCACUUACGUAUCCAUACACAGUUCAGGCUUCAGAGAUUUUUUAUUGAAACCAGAAAUUCUAAGAGCUAUAGUUGACUGCGGUUUUGAACACCCUUCAGAAGUUCAACACGAAUGUAUUCCUCAAGCUGUCAUUGGCAUGGACAUUUUAUGUCAAGCCAAAUCUGGUAUGGGCAAAACGGCAGUGUUUGUUCUGGCGACACUGCAACAAUUGGAACCAGCGGACAAUGUUGUUUACGUUUUGGUGAUGUGUCACACUCGUGAACUGGCCUUCCAAAUCAGCAAAGAGUACGAGAGGUUCAGUAAAUAUAUGCCCAGUGUCAAGGUGGGCGUCUUUUUCGGAGGAAUGCCUAUUGCUAAUGAUGAAGAAGUAUUGAAAAACAAAUGUCCACACAUUGUUGUGGGGACGCCUGGGCGUAUUUUGGCGCUUGUUAAGUCUAGGAAGCUAGUCCUCAAGAACCUGAAACACUUCAUUCUUGAUGAGUGCGAUAAAAUGUUAGAACUGUUGGAUAUGAGGAGAGACGUCCAGGAAAUCUACAGAAACACCCCUCACACCAAGCAAGUGAUGAUGUUUAGUGCCACACUCAGCAAAGAAAUCAGGCCGGUGUGCAAGAAAUUCAUGCAAGAUCCAAUGGAGGUGUAUGUAGACGAUGAAGCCAAAUUGACGUUGCACGGAUUACAACAGCAUUACGUUAAACUCAAAGAAAAUGAAAAGAAUAAAAAAUUAUUUGAGUUGCUCGAUGUUCUCGAAUUUAAUCAGGUGGUCAUUUUUGUGAAGUCCGUUCAAAGGUGUGUGGCUUUGGCACAGUUGCUGACUGAACAGAAUUUCCCAGCUAUAGGAAUUCACAGAGGAAUGGACCAGAAAGAGAGGCUGUCUCGGUAUGAGCAGUUCAAAGAUUUCCAGAAGAGAAUAUUGGUAGCUACGAAUCUCUUUGGGCGUGGCAUGGACAUUGAAAGGGUCAACAUUGUCUUCAACUAUGAUAUGCCAGAAGACUCCGAUACCUACUUACAUAGAGUGGCUAGGGCAGGCCGGUUUGGUACAAAAGGUCUAGCCAUCACUUUUGUUUCCGAAGAGGGGGAUGCCAAGAUUUUGAACGAGGUUCAAGAGAGAUUUGAUGUUAAUAUUACGGAGUUACCUGAUGAAAUUGAUCUUAGCUCCUACAUUGAGGGUCGAUGAUCCUGUGUGUGAAGACUGCCUGAGGAAUAAUCCAGUGUUUGCUAUCGUACUUUGUAUUUUAUAUUUUGGAUGUUAUUUUAAAAUGUGAUUCAGUUAAGGAAACCUAAUUUGUUAAUAUAGAUAGGCUAUAUUUUUACUUGAAUAGAUGGAUGACUUGUGAAA